AUGCAGCCGGAGCCAAAGAAGCUCGUUCUUUGUUUUGAUGGAACGGGAAACGAGUUUAGCGGCUCGAACGCCGACACAAACGUUGUCAAGCUCCUAAGCAAGUUGGACCGAAACCAUCCAGACCAGUUUCACUAUUAUCAGACUGGUAUUGGAACAUACGACAUCAAUGAAAAGUCCGUCAACAAGUCUUGGUUCGGCGAGCUCCAAAGCGCCUUCUCCAAGACGAUUGAUCAAGGCUUCGGGACCACAUUUGACGCACAUGUGAUCGCGGGCUAUCGCUUCCUCAUGCGAUACUAUGAAUCGGGUGCUAAGAUAUAUUUGUUUGGUUUCAGCCGUGGUGCUUUCACCGCCAAGUUCCUCGCACGUAUGAUCCAUACAGUUGGUCUACUUUGCAAAGGAAAUGAGGAGAUGGUUCCAUUUGCAUUCAGGCUGUACCAGAGAUACUUGGCAGGAGAUAUCAAGGAUCGCCUAGAUGCUCAUCAGGAGGACUCGGAAGGCGACACCGCUCUGAUUGGGGAUGAUUUCGAGCACAGCCAUGACACGCUGGUUGCCGAGAACGAAAUCACCGCCUUCAGUCAGACGUUCUGCCGAAAUGAGACCGUCUUCGGCGAAGAUGGUCAUUCAAAGCACACUAAUAUCAAGGUGUAUUUCCUGGGACUCUGGGACUGCGUCAACUCGGUCGCAGUCCUUGAGCAAAAGACGCCCGUGCCCGUUCCUGUGCUUGGCACUGCGACAUACAUUCGGCACGCCGUUGCCAUUGACGAACGGCGUGUCAAGUUCAAGCCAGCUCUCCUCGCGCAGGAUAUCAAACUAUCCGACGACCAGACCGAAGAUAUCAAAGAGGUCUGGUUCCCUGGUAAUCACGGAGAUGUUGGAGGCGGCUGGCCGUCAGUCUCUGAUAAUCCUCUUGACAGCAAGAAGAAGAUGACCUUCUGGCAAGGCGUCAAAAAUCUAUUCACGUCCCGGAAGCCUCAAGAAGCCAGUCAUGACCUUGACUGUGACCGUCUGCAAAUGAGUGACAUCCCUCUUGCGUGGAUGAUUCGCGAAUUGGAGCUUGUGGGUGAGAAGGACCCAACCGCCGCUGUUAAAUGGUGCCACAGCCUGGCCAAAUUUAAGAAACAUUUCAAAACCAAACGGUCGUAUGCCCUUGGAGCUGUGAUGCAUGAUUGUCUCUCAUUUGGUCGUGGGUCUGGAUUUUUCCGGGUUCUUUUUUGGAAGUAUAUGGAAUACCUUCCAAUUAUCACGCGUUGGGAAUUGACCCAGAAGGGUUGGGUUGAUGUGCGAUUCCCGCUCAACAGGGGCUCGACGCGCGAUAUCCCCCCAGACGCUGUGAUGCACCAGUCCCUUGUUUGGCGACUGAACAAUGAUGAAUCCUACAGUCCUCCUAACAACCACGGCGAUGACCUUCCUCCGUGUUUGAAGAUUCAUGGAAAGGUUACGAGCUUCGCUAUCAAGGAAAUAAGCGAUGAUCCCAACGAAGAGACCUUUAUUUUCGCCAAGUGA